AUGAAGCCAAGAGCUAGAAGAAGCUCUUCUAAAAAUCAACACUUAAAAGUAGACAUCCCUUAUGAAGUUAAAUUUAUGGAUAUUCCCACACUUCAGGUUGAAAUUCAAGAGUGGAAGCAGAAAUUAAAGAAGGCCAAGGAGAUUAAUAAUGCUAACCACGCUGAAAAAAUGAAGAUAAAAGAUGAGCUAAAAGAGAUGAAAGAAAACAUUUUAGCACUUGACAAUUCUUCUAGAAAAAUAAAAGAAGAGUUUGAACAAGUGCAAGAAAGGAAUAAAAUAGAACUGCAGACUUAUUAUAACCAAAUUACAUUCUUAGAAAAGAGGAAAACGCUUGAUGAAAUCAAUAAAAAUAAUGAAUAUUUUUUGCUUGACUGCAAUAAAGAGGAGAAACUAAAGAAUGGAAUUGAAGAUAUCAUGCGAGAAACCCGUAAUACUACUGAGAUUGUUCAAGAGUCUAAUGAUAUAAAUAUAGAUUUACUUGAAAAAAACUCUACUACUUCUAUUGCUAACUUAAGAAUUGAAUUAGAAAAAAUUAUUGCUGACUUAAAGAAAUCUUAUAAAACUAAAUAUAGCAAGCUAAAAGAAAAUCUAGAAGGAAAAUUAAAAGUUGCUAUUUACGAAACUGAGCAAAAAUAUAAUGAAAUUAAAAGGCAUCAUGGAAUAAAGCAUAAAAAUGCUUCAGAAGCUAUGAGAAACUAUUUCGAUAAAAUUAAGCUUGAAAAUGCUAGCGCCCCUCGAUCAGUGAAUAAAAAUUUUGUUUAUUCACAGAGGGGGAUUAAUAUUUUUUAGAAAUUCCAAAAAAUUCGCGAAAAUUAAAAAUUUAACAGAAUUAAUUCGAGAUUUAAUUAUAGUAAUAUCAAAAUAUUUUUCAUAAAACAUUUUUGUCUCUCAUGAAGGGUUUUGGCAAAAAAAGGGUUUUUUUCCAAUGGUUUGUUCGCUCAAGGAGGGAGGGGGGAGUAAGACAAUAGAAAAUCAAAAACAAGAAAUUUUAGAAAUAAAGAAAAAUAUCGAUGGAAACGCAGCUGAAAUAGAAAAAGUCCAGAAAAGUAAUAAUGAGCUUGAAAAACCAUUAAAAGAAAUCAAGCAUGAAUUAUUCUUGCUUGAAACAAGACUUGCUGAUUGAGCAAAAACUAAAGAAGAUCUAAGGGAAGCUAAUGCAAAAAUUGAUUUAUUACAAAAGGAUUUAAAAACGAAAAAAGAGAAAUGGAAUGCUCUCAGAGAAAAAUAUAACGAAAUACUUGCAGAAAGAAAUGAGCUUUAUAAAUGCUAUGAGCUCUCAAUAUCAAAAUUAAACACUAUAAUGGGAAAUAAGGAAACUAUUAGUUUAAAUUCUGAUGAAUAUGAAAAUCAAGUUCUAAGAAAAGAAGAGCAGCUAAGCAAUGUUCUUGAAGGAGUUGUUUUGAAUAAAACUUCAACAGAAACCAUCAACAAAGAAAUAAAAAAACAGAUGAAGCACAAAGAUGAGCUUUUGAAAAAUUUAAAAGAAUCACUUGCACAAUCUGUAGACGCGUAUUUUAAGACAGAAAAUUUAUUUAAAACCAAAUUAAAAGAAAAAUCUAAUCAACCUGAAGACUUUUAA